AUGGCCCUUGUCAGUAAGCUACCUUUUGCUAUUUUGUAUCAAGCCGGUCUCCGUGUUUCCUCGGGUGCGCUCAACACCGGACCAGAAAAGGAAAGAAAGUUCUCUGGGAGAAAUGUUCUGGUUUCUGUUCUCCACUUCUCUUCAGGACGUCCACCUGCCAGGCAAGCACCUAGGAGAAGAAGAACAAAAAGAAUGAGUGCUUCCCUGGUAAACACUCCGCAGGCUCAUUUAACCUUUAAGGAUGUGGCUGUGGUCUUCUCACUGGAGGAAUGGGAAUGUCUCAAUUUUGCUCAGAGGGCAUUGUACAUGGAUGUGAUGUUGGAGAAUUACAACAAUCUAUUGUUUGUGGACAAUCAUCGCAUAUGUGGAAUGUAUGGGAAGGUCUUGGAUCAAGACAUACAGUACAUUGUCCAUGAGCAUGUGAAUAUCCAAGAAAAGUCUUCUAAAUUCAAUGAACUUAGCAAUAUAAUUCACGAAUCUACCCAAAGUACACAUCAUAAAACUCAUGACAGAGAUGCAUCUCUUCAAUUCUCAAACCUAAAAAUAGUUAAAACUGGGAACACUGAAGAAGUUUCCAAGUAUAAAGAAUGUGCAAAUGGUUUAAAUAUGUGUUCAAACAUUAGUCUCAAUCAAGGAAUCCUCAUAGGAAAGAAAGAACGCAAUAGAAAUACAGAAUUUCAUAAGGUUUUUCUCUCUAAACAUAAACCAUUGGUGAAACAAAAUAAUAGUGGAGUGAAUCUUGACAAAUGUAGUGAACCUGACAAAUGUUUUGCUCAGAGAAACAGUCUUCAACGUCAGCAGAGCUUUUAUCCAGGAAAGAAACCUCACAAAUGUAGUGAAUGUGAAAAAUAUUUUACACAAAAAUUCAAGCUUAGAAUGCAUCAGAGAUUUCAUACACAAAGGAAACUUUACAAAUGCUUUCAAUGUGACAAGUGCUUUGCCCAAAAAUCUGAUCUUAGCAUACAUCGGAGAAUUCAUACAGGAGAGAAACUUUACAAAUGCAAUGACUGUGACAAAUGCUUUACUCAAAAAGGCAGGCUGAAAAUUCAUCUAAGAAUUCACAAAGGAGAGAAACCUUACAAAUGUAGUGAAUGUGACAAAUGCUUUACUCAAAAAUCCCAUCUUAGUAUUCAUCAGAGAUUUCACACAGGAGAGAAACCUUACAAAUAUAGUGAAUGUGACAAAUGCUUUACUGAAAAAUGCAAUUUGAGCAGGCAUCAGAGAAUUCAUACGGGAGAGAAACCUUACAAAUGUAGUGAUUGUGGCAAAUGCUUUACUCAAAAAGGCAGUCUAAGACAGCAUCAGAGAAUUCAUACAGGAGAGAAACCUUACAAAAGCCAUGAAUGUGACAAAUAA